AUGGGUGUUGAGGUUGUGGCACCUGAGACAGUUCAGGCCCCUAUUGACGGCGUGAGUGAAGUGGAUAAAUCGAUUCUGCAUGAGGAGGAAAAUGGGAAACUGGAUAAGGCAUCAGGGCUUGCUGAGCCCAUACAAUUUGGUUCACAUGGGGAGGAGGCAGUUAAAAUAGAAGGAAAUGAUGUUACAGAUGCCAACUUGCCAAAGGAUGCGGUUGACGAGUGGCCUGCUCCUAAGCAGAUCCAUUCCUUUUAUUUUGUAACGUACCGACCACAUGAUGAUCCAAUAAUAAAAGCCAAAAUUGAUCAGGCUGAUAAGGAGAUUCAGAAGAGGAAUCUGUCCCGGUUUCAGAUUACGGAAGAAUUAAAAGCUAAAAGGUCAAAACGAGCAGAGUUGAUAGGCCUGGUGAGGAGUCUGAAGAAUGAGCAUAGGCAGUAUAAAUCAAUAUUUGAUGAGAAAAAAAGGGAGAUGGAACCUCUGCAGCAGGCACUGGGCAAGCUGCGUAACACAAAUAGUGCUGGUCGUGGUGGUUUAUGUUCAUCUGAGGAAGAGCUUAAUGAUCUUAUCUACAGCUUGCAAUACCGCAUACAACAUGAGAGCAUCCCAUUGACAGAGGAGAAGCAAAUACUUAGAGAAAUCAAACUGCUUGAGGGGACAAGGGAAAAAGUAAUUGCUAAUGCUGCUAUGAGAACAAAGAUUCAGGAUUCAAUGGGUCAGAAAGAAGCCAUUCAAGACCAGGUCAAACUUAUGGGUGUCGACUUGGAUGGAGUAAAGAAGGAGCAGCAAGUACUUUGGGGAAAAGUUGAUGGACUUGAUGGGAAAUUGAAGGCACUGGAUGCUGAAAUUACAACUUUAGUGAAUGAGUUGACAGCUGUGUCGCAGAAGAGGGAGAAAGCGUAUGAAACUAUUCAGGAACUACGGAAACAGCGCGAUGAGGCGAAUGCCAACUUUUACCAAAGCCGUAUGCUCUUGACCAAAGCCAAAGAACUUGCUGCUAAGAAAGAUGUACAGGCUCUUGAAGAACUUGCACAUGCUGAGGUUGAAAAUUUUAUGUCCCUCUGGAGCCAUAACAAGGCCUUUAGGGAUGAUUAUGAGAAAAGAAUUUUGCCCUCGCUUGACCGCCGGCAAUUGAGUAGGGAUGGACGAAUUAGGAACCCUGAUGAGAAGCCAUUGGUGAUAUUGGAGACACUGAUACCUUCUGAACCAGAGCCAGCGGUAAAAGCUAAUGCAAAGCGACCAAAAGAAGACCCAAAACCCACUCCAAAAGAUGUUUUACCCACCCAAAAGGUCCAGAAAGAAACUACUAAGACAGAAUUGAAGACCACUUCUGAGCAGUCUGACAUAGUUGACAAGGAUGUCUCUGGGUUGGAAAAUCUGCGAAAGGAUCCUUCUCCUGCAGAAAAGAAAGUUGAUGAAGCAAAAUUGAAGGAGAUGAAAAGAGAGGAGGAAAUAGCAAAAGCUAAGCAAGCCAUGGAAAGGAAGAAGAAGCUGGCUGAGAAAGCAGCUGCGAAAGCAGCUGCUAGAGCUCAAAAGGAUGCUGAGAAAAAGCUCAAGGAGCGUGAAAAGAAAUUAAAGAAGAAGGCUUCAGCAUCUUCACCAGCUACUGAGGCUGAGGAACCUCCUGAAGCAGUUGCAGAGGCAGUAGAACCUGAAAAGGUUGAAGUGAAUGAUGAGUUCCCUGGUCUGGUGAAGGAAAAAGUUCGGAAAGAGAAUUCUGUUAGGUCUAGGAAUCGUCCAAGAGGCCCAGAUUCACUUCCUAAAGCCAUCUUGAGGAGGAAAAAGUCAACUAACUAUUGGAUGUGGGCUGCUCCUGCUGCUUUGUGUUCUCCUUCCUACGGAGCGUUUGUAGCUAGAAGACCUUGUCGAGUGGAUGAGUAA